AUGGCCACAAAUUUUUCCAUCUUUCGAACUCACACAUUUCCCAUCUUCACCUUCUACUCGCCCCCGCGCGCUGCCGCUGCCGCCGCCGCCAGAUUUCUCCUAAUCCCCACCGCCGCUUUGUCCUUCUCAAGCACCCCGUACGGCCCCUCCCUCCGAAAGGGCCACGCCCCUACUCCCCUCGAGCUGCCUAAAUUACAGUUGGAUGAGAACAUCGCGUCCCUCGACGAAGCCGCAUUCACCCGAGUUUUUGAAAUCUCCGCCCUCAGAGUCCCGUCGGAAGUCUGCUCCACGCUGGAGAACCGAUUUCGUGGCCACCUCCUGAACUGGCCGCGCGUGAAGAACAUCGCAAGGGUCCCCGGCGACGAGGUCGACGACCAAUUGGAAGGCGUUGUGUUCAAUUCGGUCAAUCGAGCUGGAGUUGAAGGCGAAGAUGAGAAGCUAGUGGCGUUAAAUCGGAGGAUUUAUGGGAAAGCGGAGGGGGACGGCGAGCCUCUCAACGAGGUUCUGUAUCGUGAUAAGCUCGUCAAGACGUUUGACUCGCUAGGCUAUGUUAACUUUAGGAAUCUGGCUAAAAUUUCCAGGCCGAAGAAAAAGAAGAAGAAGAAAAGGGGUGAUGGAGGGGACAAAAGAGAGGUGAAAGGUAUUGGGAGGACUGAGAUGGCCAUUGUUGAGGUGGUUGAGGAUUGCUAUGAAGACUGUGAUGAUGAAGAUUUCAGCGGGUUGUUGGGGGAGGAUUUUGGGAAGAGGAUUUCGAGGUGGAGAGGGUCGACGAGGCUGUUGCUAUUGGAUGAGAAGUAUGCGAAUAAGACGAUCGAUGAAUUGCCUGAGGCGAUCAAGGUAUUUUUUCAAGAACGUGAUGGUGAAUGCCGGUCGCCAGCUUUUGAACUUGUGAAAUGCACAUUGACCCUGCUUUAUGAAUAUUGGCCAAUGAACGAGGUCUUGGAGGCUUUGCUUCCAAAUGGCAUGAUUAUUCCCUCAACUUUUGAAACAGUUGGACAUAUUGCCCACCUGAAUCUCAGAGAAGAGCACCUUCAAUAUAAAAGUCUUAUUGCAAAGGUGGUUUUGGAUAAGAAUAAGCCAAAGAUACAAACUGUUGUAAACAAAGUUGAUGCAAUUCACAAUGACUAUAGAACAAUGCAGCUGGAGGUUUUGGCAGGGAAUAAUUCCCUUGUGACAACAGUGGUGGAAAAUGGACUACGUUUCCAUGUUGAUUUAGCAGCAGUAUAUUGGAAUUCAAGGCUUGGAACUGAGAGACAGAGGCUUUUAAGUUGCUUUGCACCCACUGAUGUUGUAUGUGAUGUUUUUGCUGGAGUUGGUCCCAUUUCUAUAUCUGCAGCAAAGAAAGUCAAGCGUGUAUAUGCUAACGAUUUAAACCCUAGUGCCGUUGAGUAUCUCGAGAGAAACUGUUUCUUCAAUAAAGUUGAGAGGAAAAUUGAGGUAUUUAACAUGGACGGUAGAAGAUUUAUCGAGACCGUUUUCUCUAGCCACAGAGCUGAAUCCAUCACUCAAGUGGUCAUGAAUUUGCCAAAGGAUGCAGCUGAGUUUCUCGAUGUUUUCAGGGGAGUUUUUCAAAGACAUGAUCCAGGUAAACGAUGUAAUCUGCCAAGGCUUCACGUUUAUGGGUUCUCAAAAGCUGAAGAUCCAGAAUUUGAGUUUGAAGCGCGUAUAAGAUCGGCAUUGUCAGAGGCGGCUAUUGAAGUCGAGAUCCACAGAGUUCGAGUUGUUGCACCAGGGAAAUGGAUGUUGUGUGCAUCAUUCAUCUUGCCCGAGAGAGCCGCGUAUUCUAAAACAGGUUGA